AUGCCAACCCAGGCUCUGCUGCCCAUCCUGCUUCUCUGUGUCCAGCUGCUGCAGGCCCAGGGAGGCCACCUUAGGAGGAACAAGAUGAACAGUGCCGCCAAGGCCUGUCAGAAGCAGCCCAGUGUACAACAUUGUAGCAACCACUGUUCAUAUUUCCUAAAGUGUCCCAAUUCAGAUACCAUAUGCUGUUCAACCUUCUGCGGGAACGUUUGCAUGGAUCUCCUGUGAGUGGGUCUGUGUAUUCUGUUCCCCUAGCCCCCUAAAACUGUGCCUGCGACCUUAAAUCCUGGGUACAAGGCUGUCAACCUCCUCACUAUCUGGAUGGCUUGUUUCUGUCAAAUAAACCAGAACAAAUGCCC